AUGGGUCUGGGGUGGUUUUCCACUGGACCACCACCCCACAUCAUAAAAAUCGAUGACAAAUCUGGUGAAAUCGCUUUGGUGGCCCCACUCGAUUACGAGAAACGACCCCGGUUUGAAAUACUCGCUGUACCCAUCGAUGGUGGAGACGGCAUUCAGCUGGAGAUCUCUGAGUUCGCCCGGAUCGGAGCCGCCCUAUCGAUUGCAAGAGGCUUGAAGAUGCGAUUGCGCAGCGAAUUAUUACCGAUCCAAAAGUAUCGUAUCGCUCAAGGAAAUGUGAACAAUGUUUUCAAGAAUCCGGUAAACAAUCUGUUGAAGAUCUCAGUACGUCCAGUAAACGGUGAACUGUAUGCGGAUUUGGUUGUGAACGGGCAGCUUGAUCGAGAAUAUCGCGACAAGUACGAACUGAUUGUCGAGGCGAUCGAUGGCGGCAAACCAGCAAAAGUUGGCCGCCUACUCGUGCACAUCUUCAUACUGGACGCCAACGAUAAUGCCCCGAUAUUCAGCCAACCACGUUACAGUAUCACAGUACCCGCGAAUCUUACCAUUGGAUCUCAGCUGCUCACCCUGAAAGCUACCGAUGCGGACGUUGACAGCAACGGUCGAGUUGGAUAUCGCUUUCAGAAGACGCGAUUCGACACGCUGGCUCUGUUCGCUCUGACGCCAAAUGGUAUCCUGUCGACCGCAGGCCAUCUGCUCCCGGCGUCGUUCCACGAUCUUGUCGUCGUCGCAUACGAUGGAGGUGUUCCGUCGCUGGAGACAACCGCUAUUGUCACAGUCACAGUGCAAGUCUACUUGCUGUUGGCCUGUGGAUUGUUCGAUCGUGAAACGUCACCAGAAUAUCAUCUGAAGUUCAGUCUUCGGCGAGGCUCAGAGCUCGUACUCGACCAUCCCGUGCUUCUCACAAUAGGUGAUAUCAACGACAACUCACCCAGCUGGCCCCAUAGCAACAUGCACAUCACCCUGAACCGAUCGAUAUCCGAGUCGGAUCAGACCACAGUGUUGACGGCAAGCGACCCUGAUGAGGGUAUAAAUGGUCGUGUUCGUUACAGUAUUCUCGACACGGAUUUUAUAGCUAUUGAUCCCGAUACUGGGCGGUUGAGCCCGCUGAAGGAGCUGGAUUGUUCCCUUGGCUCAGAGGUUCGAUUCAAAGUGCGAGCUACUGACGGUGGUGCGCCCAGUUUGUAUUCAGAUCUUCAAGUAAUAGCUGAUCUCGUCGACGGUUACGGUAGGCCGCCACAGUUUGAGAAGUCGCUCUACGAGGUGCAGAUUGCUGAGGAUAGCGAGAUUGGCACCUGUUUACUAAAGGUACUAGUUUUGAUGGGUUUGAGCGGUUACCGUACUCGUCAUACCGUACUAUUUGCACUAGCAGUGACAGCUUCAUGA